CUCGCACAGUCUACUUAUCCACUCUCACCAACCUUCUCCUCAAAAACUCGCUCGAUUUCCAGAACCAGUAACAACAAGAGAGAGAGAGAAAAUGGCGUGUGCAGCUUCAUCCUCCGCAAUUCUCUCUCCAAACCCUAGGGUUUUCGCCGCUAAAUCUCAUGCUCCCAUGGCAGCAGCUUCCGUUUCUUCUCUCCCCAAACCCUUCUCUCAAACCCUAACUCUUUCUUCCAACUUCAAUGGCGUCCGCAAAUCCUUUCAAUCUCCUCGCCGCGCUCAAUCCUCCAGGAGCAGCUUCGUCGUUCGCGCUUCUGCUGAGCUUCCCUUAGUUGGAAAUGUUGCACCAGACUUUGAGGCAGAGGCUGUUUUCGACCAAGAGUUCAUUAAUGUAAAACUUUCCGAUUACAGGGGAAAGAAAUAUGUAAUUUUGUUUUUUUACCCGUUGGAUUUCACAUUUGUUUGCCCUACUGAGAUCACUGCUUUCAGUGACCGCCACGGGGAGUUUGAGAAGUUGAACACUGAAAUACUAGGUGUUUCCGUCGACAGUGUUUUCUCUCAUCUCGCAUGGGUCCAAACAGAGAGGAAGUCUGGUGGUUUGGGUGAUCUGAAUUAUCCCUUAGUCUCUGACGUCACCAAGUCUAUCUCAAAGGCUUUCAAUGUUCUGAUCCCAGACCAGGGAAUUGCAUUGAGAGGACUGUUCAUCAUUGACAAGGAGGGAGUCAUUCAACAUUCGACGAUUAACAACCUUGGUAUUGGUCGUAGUGUUGACGAGACUCUAAGAACUCUUCAGGCAUUGCAAUUUGUGCAGGAGAACCCCGAUGAAGUGUGCCCUGCAGGGUGGAAGCCAGGGGAGAAAUCAAUGAAGCCAGACCCCAAGCUCAGCAAGGAGUACUUUGCUGCCAUAUAAGAAGUCCUGAUUUUUUGUUAUCUUUAUCUUGAUCUGUAAUCUUUUGCGAAUUUUGAGCUGACUCUAGGGAAUAAGUGUCAACAGCUUAUCUGUAUACUACGUAUUCCUUUAUAGCAGAUCCAAUUUAAUGGUAAAAAACUAUUUUGAUUGAGCUA